CGCUUGCGACAAUCCCUAAAGAUUCUGCAUUUUCCGGCAUAACGAAUGAAGGAAAACGACGCAGACGGUGGCAGAGGCGCCUCGGCGUCGCAUCCCAGUCGCUCCAUACAUUACUCAUCCGCUCUCCGGCUCCUUUUAGUCCUGUUCAUUCGACAUCGCAACUCACAACAGGACAUCGUUUGCACACCUCGCAAGUAUGCGGUUAAUUGGCGCAUUAAAUUUUCUCAUCGGGUUUUAUUUGUGACGAAUCGAUCAGAUGAGGUAAAUAGAGCGAAGGAAUGGAGAAGAAAACGCGGACGAAAAUAUUUUGGGCCCUAGCCAUGAUUGUGAAUUUCAUCUUCGGAAUCAUUGGAGUGUUAAUUUGCACGCUGAAAAUCCACCAUUCCGAAGACGAAGAGAAGCAAGCAGGAUUUUUCAAACUCUCAAUCUUUUUCGCCGCUUGUAAUUUGAUUUUAAGUUCCGUUUUACUGGUCGCUCUUCUUAAGAGGGAUCAAAAGUAUGCAUUUUUGUAUGCUUUGCUAAUUUUUAUAAGCCUUUUUGCGGCUACAAUGCACGUGGAAAGCCAUUCGAGUCAUAAUUAUACGUAUUUGAUAAUAUUCAUCGUUUUCGCUGUUGUAUGUUUUUUGUGGUUCACAACGUAUGCUGCUACGCAAUAUUGGAAAUAUUGGUCAAAAAAUCAUAUAGCUGAGCUUUAUGAUCAAGAUUCACCAAUCGAUGAUGUAUAAAUUUAUAAGGCUCAUUACUAGUUAUUGC